AUGUGGAUUAACAGUACUAUAGUGGUGGGGAAAAAAUCCAUCCCCCGGUACAAUAUUCGCUGGCCUGGAUUUGGGCUUUGCCGAUUCUGUGCCGAUCCAAAUUUAAGGGACCGCAUGUUUGACAGGGGACCCACGGCAAAACCCCCUAGUAAUAAAGUAGACCAUGGUAGUAUUGGGUACGGUAGGGAGCGGAUAGCAUUGCGUGCCCAUUGCUGGAGCAAUUAA